GCUAGCUAAUUGGUCGAACCUACCAUGGGGGUUCCCACUGGGGUCUACGCUGAUAGUCGGGAAAAGGAAAACAGAGUACCUAAUUUCCAGGAAGUAAUGGACCAAACACGCUUUCUUACUUUUUUCUUUGUUUCCAUUUUUUCCUGGAAGGUUCCCACACAAUGUGUAGACCUUGGAUAAAGUAAACCUAAAAACGCGAAAAGCUGCUAUGCAAUUCUAUGGGUAGAUCUGAGCUUAAUUUUUAUAUGUAGGUGUUACUAAUUGGCAUUCCUUCUUCUUAGUCCGGUUACUGCACAAAUCUGACCUUUGUGAUAAUUAUAAAGGCCCUUUGAGCUAUAUUCUUAUCAUCUCUUCCACUUGCUACUAUGAAAAGAUCUUACUCAAUGUUCUCUUCUUCUUCUUCUUCUUCUUCUCGUAGAACAGAAUAUGAUGUGUUUUUGAGUUUUAGGGGUGAAGACACCCGCAACAAUUUUACAAGUCAUCUCUAUUCUGCUCUUUGUCAGAAAGGAAUCUACACCUUCUUAGACGACGAUAAACUUGAGAGAGGCAAAUCCAUUUCCCCAGAACUGUUGAAAGCCAUCGAAAAUUCACGCUGUUCGGUCAUCGUUCUCUCGGAAAACUAUGCUUCUUCGAGUUGGUGUUUGGAUGAGCUUGUCAAGAUUCUUGAAUGCAGGGAGGCCUUUAAACAGAUUGUUCUGCCAAUUUUCUACCAUGUGGAUCCAUCUCAUGUACGGAAGCAGAUUGGAAGUUUUGGAGAACCAUUCCACAGAUAUGAACAAGAUUUUAGUCAAAAGGUGCAGAAAUGGAGGAAUGCUUUAACACAAGUUGCCAGUCUUGCUGGAUGGGCUUUACAUGAUGGGAAUGAAGCAAAAUUUAUACAAGACUUUAUCGCAAAGGUAUCAAAUAAACUUGGUGUUGCACAGUUAAACAUUUCAGAGGACCUUUUUGGUAUGGAUUCACGACUAGAGAAACUAAAUGUUUGUGUUUGUACUUCAUCAUUGGAUCAUGUUCACUUUAUUGGAAUUUGUGGGUUGGGCGGAAUUGGGAAGACAACUCUUGCCAAAGCUUAUUAUGAUUGGAUGUCUUCUCAAUUUGAAGGUUGUAGCUUCCUUACAAAUAUUAGAGAAGUUUGUGAAAAGAAGGAAAAUGGUCUUGUGUAUUUGCAAAAUCUUCUCCUUUCAGAUAUUCUAAAUGGUUUGCCUACAGAAGUAAAGGAUAUUCAUAAAGGAAUGGACAUGAUAAGAAGUAAGUUAUGCCAUAAGAAAGUACUUGUUGUCCUUGAUGAUGUUGACAAAUUAGACCAGCUAAAAGCAUUAGCUGGGAAAAAUAAUUGGUUUGGCUCUGGAAGUAGAAUAAUUGUAACUACUAGGGACGAAAGUUUGCUUCUAAGUACAUAUAUAGAGUGUAGAAUAUAUAGAGUUGAGGAAUUGAGUUAUAGCGAAGGUCUUCGACUUUUUUCUCACAAAGCCUUCAAAAGUACUCAUCCUUCAAAGGAAUAUGAGAAGUUGUCUGAAAAAGUGAUAGCUUAUGCUCAUGGCCUUCCAUUGGCUUUAGAAGUACUAGGUUCCUUUUUAUGUGGAAAAAGUGUAAAUCAAUGGGAAAGUGCUCUGGAUAGGCUGAAGGAUUAUCCAAACAAGGAUAUUAUGAAAGUACUUCAAAUCAGUUUUGAUGGACUUGAGGAAACAGAGAAAAGUAUUUUCCUAGAUAUUGCAUGCUUCUUCAAUGGAUUUGAAAAAGACAAUAUUAUUCAAAUUAUGGAUAGUUGUGGUUUCUUUCCAGAAAUCGGGAUAAGAGUUCUUAUUGAUAAAUCUCUCCUCCAUGUUGACAAUGAUGACAAAGUUUGGAUGCAUGACUUAUUGCAAGAGAUGGGAAAGGAAAUUGUUCGGGCAAAAUCUCGCAAUGAACCAGGAAGAUGCAGUAGAAUAUGGAAUUAUGAUGAUUUAUGUCAUGUUUUAGGGCAUAACACGGGAACAAAAGUGGAAGCCAUAGUAUGCUGUUUUCUAGAACCGAAGAAAUUGGUUUGCGAUUUUGAAGCCUUCUCAAACAUGAAGAAGUUAAGAUUGCUCAUUCUUCAGAAUCUUGUCUUGGAAAUGAGAGAUGGUCAGACACUGAAUAUUGAACAUCUUUCUAAAGAGCUACGAUUCCUUAGGUGGCAUGAAUUUCCUGCCAAAUAUUUGCCAUCAAAUUUCCAACGAGGUGGACUUGUUGAAUUGAAGUUGUGGUUGAGCAAACACCUUUGGAACAACGCUAUCAAGCCUUUAAACAAUUUGAAAACCAUUGACAUAAGUUAUUCAACAAAUUUAAGAAAGUUUGAAGACUUUGGGGUGGUUCCAAAUCUAGAGAAGUUGAUUCUUGUAGCUUGUGUAAAUCUAUCGGAGAUUCACCCAUCCAUCACACUUCUUGAAAGGCUUACUAUCUUGAACCUGAAAGCUUGCAAUAGUCUACAAAAUCUUCCAACAAGCAUAGGUGGUCUGAAAUCUCUCAAUGUUCUAAACCUUGAAGGUUGUGUAAGCCUUAACGACUUACCCGAGGACUUAGGGGUGGCUACAUAUCUAGAGCAGUUGAUUCUUGAAGAUUGUAGAAACCUAGUGGAGAUUCCCCCAUCCAUUAGACUUCUUGAAAGGCUUAUUAUCUUGAACCUGAAAGCUUGCAUUCGUCUACAAAAUCUUCCAACAGGCAUGCGUAGUCUGAAAUCUCUCAAAGUUCUAAACCUUGAAGGUUGUGUAAGCCUUACCAACUUACCAGAGGACUUGGGGCUUUUAAAUAGUUUAGAGGAGCUCAAUUUGAAAGGCAUUUCUGUAGAAGACAGAGAUCUACCAUCUUCCAUUGCACUUCUUGAAAACCUUAAAACACUAUCUUUUUGCGGAGGACGACAAUGGAACAAUAUGAUGAACAUCAUUGUUGGAAAAGGUCUCUCAUCAUCGGCUGGUCUUUUUUCUUUGAAAAAGUUGGAACUAGUCAGCUGCGGUCUUGGGAAUGGAGCAUUUCCUGAAAAUCUUGGCUGCUUAGUUUCUUUAGAAUAUUUAAACCUCAGCAAUAAUGAUUUUUCUCACCUACCUGUCUGUUUCAAUAAACUAUCCAAGCUUAGGUGUAUUGAUUUAAGCUUCUGUAGAGAACUAGAAUUGUUGGGGCUAGAGCUUCCUCCUGGUCUAGGAUGGUUAGGCCUUGCUUACUGUGUAUCACUGGACAUGUUUCUUGAUCCAUUAAUGAUGGAGCGACACAUCUUGGUCAAAUCUUUCGUGGGAUGCUUGAAAUUGGCAAGAAGGCAAGGCAGCGAAAGGACAGCACUUACAUUGCUAAAAACACACCUUCAGAAUCUCCCCAGCGAAAGAUUUGACAUUGUUCUUCCUGGAAACGAAAUUCCAUCCUGGUUCACUCGUACAAAUUUCGAGCCCUCCAUAAAUUUACAACUAGAUCCGAAUUGGUGCAACCGUAAGUGGAUGGGUUUCGCUAUUUUUUUAUGUGCUCUUAUAGCAAGCCCAAUUUUCAGCUGUCAUGUAAUGAUUCAGGAAGUGGGCCAUGGAUUUGGAGUAACAAACGAUUGUCAACGAGACGUGGCCUCAGCGGUGGGUUCCCCAGCGGAUCACCUUUGGUUAAUGUAUGUGCCUCGUAAUAAAAUCAAGGGAGAGUGGCAAAACAUUGACGUGAGUCAGCUUAAGUUUUCAUUUCGAACGAGAGACUUGGAUGGUGAAACAUUUACAGAGAAGUACAUUAGAUCGUGUGGUGUCCGUCUGGUGUACGAGCAAGACAUAGAAGCUAUGAACCCAAUUUCCAGCAACCGCAUCGAAUAUCCUUUUGAAGGAUGAGGAUAAAAAAAUUAAAAAAAUUAAAAAACUCCAGCUUGUAUAUAUAUAAAUUAUAUUUUGAUUUUGGUUUUAGCUUAAUAUAGUUAUUGUUAAUUUUUCU